CGUCGCUCCCCCUCCCCGCCUGUGCCUCCGGGGCUCCGGCUGCAGCGUCAGCCUCGGUCCGGCCUUGGCGGCGGCGGCGGCGCAUCGGCCUCCUCCCCGCGCCCCGCGGCGCCCCUGUGCCCCGGUCCGCAGCGCCCCCGCCCUCGCCGCCCGGGUGCCGGCGAAGGCCGCGGCCGCAGCUCCGCGAUCGUGUCGGCGCCGCCCGCUCCCGGCCCGCCCCCUAUGGGCCCCGGCUAGAGGCGCCGCCGCCGGCCCGCGGAGCCCCGAUGCUGGCCCGGAGGAAGCCGGUGCUGCCGGCGCUCACCAUCAACCCCGCCAUCGCCGAGGGCCCAUCCCCCACCAGCGAGGGCGCCUCCGAAGCAAACUUGGUGGACCUCCAGAAGAAGCUAGAGGAGCUAGAGCUUGAUGAGCAGCAGAAGAAGCGGUUAGAAGCCUUCCUCACCCAAAAGGCCAAGGUUGGGGAGCUCAAGGAUGAUGACUUCGAAAGGAUCUCAGAGCUGGGAGCCGGGAACGGCGGAGUGGUCACCAAGGUCCAGCACAGACCUUCAGGCCUCAUCAUGGCAAGAAAGCUGAUUCACCUGGAGAUCAAGCCAGCCAUCCGGAACCAGAUCAUCCGAGAGCUGCAGGUGCUGCAUGAGUGCAACUCCCCGUACAUCGUAGGCUUCUACGGGGCCUUCUAUAGCGACGGGGAGAUCAGCAUCUGCAUGGAGCACAUGGAUGGUGGCUCUCUGGACCAGGUGUUGAAAGAAGCCAAGAGGAUUCCAGAAGAGAUCCUGGGGAAAGUCAGCAUUGCGGUGCUGCGGGGCCUGGCGUAUCUGCGGGAAAAGCACCAGAUCAUGCACCGAGAUGUGAAACCAUCUAACAUCCUCGUCAACUCCAGAGGGGAGAUCAAGCUGUGCGAUUUUGGGGUGAGCGGGCAGCUCAUCGACUCCAUGGCCAACUCCUUCGUGGGAACUCGAUCCUACAUGUCUCCAGAGCGGCUUCAAGGCACUCACUACUCGGUGCAGUCGGACAUCUGGAGCAUGGGCUUGUCGCUGGUGGAGCUGUCCAUCGGAAGGUACCCCAUCCCCCCGCCGGAUGCCAAGGAGCUGGAGGCCAUCUUCGGCCGGCCCGUGGUCGAUGGGGCAGAAGGAGAGCCUCACAGCAUCUCACCGCGGCCGAGACCCCCCGGACGCCCCAUCAGUGGUCACGGGGUGGACAGCCGGCCGGCUAUGGCUAUCUUUGAACUGCUGGACUAUAUUGUGAAUGAGCCUCCUCCUAAGCUGCCCAGUGGUGUCUUCACCCAGGACUUCCAGGAGUUUGUGAAUAAAUGCCUCAUUAAGAACCCAGCUGAGCGAGCGGAUCUGAAGAUGCUCAUGAACCAUAGCUUCAUCAAACGGUCCGAGGUGGAAGAAGUGGAUUUUGCCGGCUGGCUGUGUAAAACGCUGCGUCUGAACCAGCCCAGCACGCCCACACGUACCGCCGUGUGACUGCCGGUGACCGUCUGAAUCCAGUCCGCCCGCCCUUCCCGCCCAGGACAGACCGGCUCCUCCCGCCCCUCCCACCGAGCCGGAGGAGAGCGCACAGGGCGGACAUUCACUUCCUCUUCCACCUGUCGCAGCUCGGCCUCUGGUCUCUGGGGAAGGGUGACACUGCCCAUGUUGUCUCAGAACCUGCUUACUUAGGUUUAAAAAAAAAACAAAAAAAAAAACAGGGAAAGAAAAAGCAAACCGA